AUGAAUGACUUCUUGUUCAGGAUGUAUUUAACGGUUGAAACGGACUUCGGGCUGAAUAUGCUCCGAAAUGCGCCCGUCAACGAUUCCCUGGUUGUGUCGCCAAUCUCUGUGAUUUUCGCCUUGGCGAUGGUCCAGGCGGGUGCAAAGGCUCUACAAAAUCCCAGAUCAACUCAGUCAUCUCUAAGGGUUCGGUUCAAAAGCCUUCUUGACCACCUCUAUGCACUGCUAUCUAAAAGAUGGUAUUUAGGAGCGUCAGACAACGACAUCGAGGAGCAUUAUUCAAAGCUCUCAAGUCAGAUAAUGAAUGCAAGCCAUGGUGUGAAGAGCCGAAUAGCCAAUGGAUUUUUCUUAAACAAACAGUUCCAUAUCGAAAAGGACUACGAACAAGCGGUCGUCAAGAGGUACGGCGCUAAGGUAGAAGCUCUGGAUUUUGGCAAAGCAAAGGAAACAGCUAAGGUUAUCGACGAUUUCAUAAGUAAAACCACGGAAGGAAAAAUCCGCGACUUCAUAAAUGAAGACUCUGUUCGAGGUAUUGGUAUUUUGUGGCAUUCCUUUAGGGGGACGGCGAUCUGCUUAGAAAAAUAA